CCGAAAUCAGGGGGCAGGAAUAAAUUCUUUGCACAUUGCAUUGCACAUUAAAUAAUUUUAACGGAAAAAAUAAUCAUGUUCACAGUUUACAGCAUGACGUCGCCUGUGGAAGUUCGCUUUUCGAACUGGAUUGUUUUGGCGGUAGCAAUUCUGUCUGUUUUUGGGGGUGUUGAGGCCAAGGAUGAUGCCUCAGUGCCUCGGCUUAUCACACUUCAAGCCGGCAGUCCCGCUCCAGCUCCUCCGCCUCAGGAAGUAAUCAUAGAAGAGGACUACGAUCACCAUCAUCAUCAUCCGCCGGCUUAUCCACAGAGUUAUCCAUAUCCGCAGCCUCAGCCGCAGCACUGUCAUUGUCCACCAGGACCUCCUGGACCUCCUGGUCCUCCGGGACAACCGGGACAGAAGGGCUAUCCUGGAACAAAGGGAUCCAAGGGAGAUACAGGAGAGAAGGGACCUCGGGGAGAUAAGGGCUACCCUGGAAUGCCAGGAUUGCCUGGUCCCCAAGGUCCACCUGGAUAUCCUGGAGGUUCGUACCCGCCAUAUCCGUAUCCCCCGCCUCCACCUCCUCCCCCGUCAUCUGGCCACGGACAUGGAGGCCAUGGAGGUGGCCCAGGUGGACAUCAUAGGUACUACGAUCAGUACUAUGAUGAGGAGGACAAUGAAUACGGCAAUGAGCGGGCCUUCAGUCUCAUUGAAGACGAUCAGUUUAGAAAUCAACCAUUCGUCCUAGCCUUUAGUCAGCACAGAAAUCCGUUGACAACAAGAUUGAAUAAAAGACGCAACUAAAAAUAAAACUAUUGAUAAACAAA